AUGUACGGCAUGAAUCAAGCCUACAAUGUUCCGGCAGACCCCAGCGGACAGGUACCGAACCAACUGCCUCAGCAAGCGCUUGAUUUUCUCACGAAAGCACCUGAGAUUACCCGAAAUGCUGCGCCCGUUGCGUGGACGUUCUUUGCGCAACCGCCGCCAGACGGCACCGCUCUGCUCAUGUGGCAGCCCCCUCGCAUGGGAACGCAUUUUGCAUCUGAUGGAUUGAUAUGGGCCGAUGCUGAGCUGUCGUACGAAAUGAACUUGAAUGGCUUCGUAGGUCUCCGCAAGCUCAAGGAGCCGUACAAGACGCUAACCUGCCGUAGCAACUUCAAGAUCACCAGUGGACCACGCUCAUUCGAUGACAAGCUGUGGCUGGUUCAUUACAGCAUGGCGGAGCCCAAUAUGAGAAUACCCGCCCAGAACAUACCCAUGACAAGGGAGAUACAACAACAACUAGCUACUCGGGGACAACUGCAACAAGCUGGCCAAUUGAUCCGCAAAGAGUUCAUGCUCGGCGAUACCGCAAACUUUCCUAAGGUCGAAUUCGCACCGCCUGGCGCCAGGACACAGCCAGCACUGUAUGGUGCGAAUCCCAUGUCAAAUAGGAAUCCAUAUGUUCAACAACAGCCUCCAGCCAAGAGAGUUCGAACGGCGCAACCCCCACGCCCCGGAGUAGCUGGAGCCGCACCUGGUGAUGCACUGUUCGACGAGGAAGAGAAUGCGACGCAGGAUACCUUUGAUUUUAUGACCCCUCGGGAUAUCAGCCUCUCAAGGUACAAGCAGCAUCAUGAAUGGAUGGAGGAGAUAUUCUCUUCACCACAUGCGUUUCCCAAGAUCAAGCCCAUCGAUCUAGGAAUAGGUUUAAUGGGUGAGCUCGCCCCGCUGACAGCGGAUAUCCUCGAGGCCGCAACUGGAGAAGCGCCCAUAGACAAGAACGGAGAUCUAAAUGCCGAGUACGGCGAGAAGAUCAAAAGCUAUUCACAUUUGACGCCAGAGAAGCUCAAGGAAUUCGAGAAACGGGUCUCUGAGUACGAGGCCAAGGAGAAGGCUGAGAUUGAGAGGCUCAAGUCCGCACAUGCCAACAAAAUGGCAGCAUUGAAACGGUCACGCACUUAUAUCAAAGCCGAACGCCGAUUACGUGAUUCGCCACGCACAGCUAAUCCUGAUGACGAUGGUCCCGACCCCUCCGAUGCGGUGGUUGCAGAUCUUGAAGAAUCACUUGGAGUAGAAUUUGAUACGAAGAAGCUGGUUGUCUGCGUAGAGAAAGGUGGCUUUAUCGAGGCACAACAGCCAUCACCCGCGAAAGUACAAGUCAAUGGCAACGGUUCAACGCCAUCGAAUGCGAUCGGAGGGUCGAAUGGUUCUGCGCAAGAUGGAAAUGCUGAAGGCGAUAACGGUACCAGCCUUCUGGACUUCGGCUCGGGCUCUUUGGGAACUCCGAUCGGAAACAUAUCACUUCCGCCGCUUUCUCAACCUCAGAGCCAAGCGCAAUCGGCUGUGGCUACUCCCAACCCUGCUGCUGGCGAUACAGUCCAAAACCCAUCUGGCGAUCAAGCUGCUAACCUUGACCCAUCGAGUGCUGCAAACGAUCUGCUCGAUCUUGACGUCGAGAUGUCUGGGAUGGCCAACAAUGACGGCAAGGGCGACGCAGAAUGGGUCAUGGUAGAGAAUCAAGGCCAUGCUCAGCAAUCGGGAGCUAACAAUGCACAGCCUCCUACCAGCAACGAUGCUCCAGCGGACGCUGGUGGACUGACCUCCAACGUUGACGCAGAAGUCGGAGGCAUGUUUGAUACUGCGGAUUUUGGCAGCUUCGACAAUCUGGACACUGCCGGAGAUGCACUAGCAGACUACACGAACGUGGGUGACGAUAACAUGGGACUUGAUCUAGUCGACGACUCAGCAUUUGGGGACGCAUUCCACGGAACAGAGAUGCAUCAUGGCGAUUCGGGCGAAGAACACAAUGCGUAG